GGUAGAUCACUUCAGAUGUUGAGACACAGUCAUUGGAACUCUGAGUAAAUACAUCUGCUAAAGCACUUGCAAACUUAAUAUCAUUAUAAGAAUUUUUUUUUUUGAAAAAUCUUAUAAUUUUCUAUACUCAUGAACGGCUCAGGAAUCAGGAAAAUAUCUCAAAGGAAAGUAGAUUAUUCAUAAUAUUCCUGGAUAGUGAAUUAUCUACCAACAAAAAUAAGUCUGUUUAGUGGUUUCGCGGGAGAGGCCAACAGGAUGAGUCUGAGUGUGACCGGGUAUUCCCAUCAAGGGUAUCCCCACCCGGGACCAACGGGGCACGACCUAUACCAAUACCCUCAAAUGCCGAGGUAUUCCGAUCAUUGUGCUGAUGCCACCUAUUUCCAGAACUGGGUACUAAAUGGACACCACCCGGAUGUACAAAUGUCUCCCGAGUCCUAUGGGAUGUGUACCCCUUCCCCCACGGAUUUCCAUGUGAUGGGACAUUAUGUAUCAGACGGUAUACGGUACAAUGGUGACGGUGUACCGAUAGAAAGGUGUGUCAAAAGAAGAACAUCCGCCAACAAAAAGGAAAGACGGAGGACACUUUCAAUCAAUUCAGCUUUUGCUACAUUAAGGGGUUGUAUACCCAAUGUUCCAUCGGACACAAAAUUAUCAAAAAUUAAAACAUUACGACUGGCAACUAGUUAUAUAUCUUAUCUGAUGGACGUGCUGGAAAAGGACGACCCCCAACUCACGGAAGACGGAUUCAAAGCAGAACUUGUAAAGAAAAAUGACAAAAAAUCAACACCAGAAGAAAAAAAGCAUAAGGAACACAUGAACUCGGACUCUUCCGAUUCCACGAGCCCAUCCAGUAUAGACAAGAAAAGCAAGGGGCGCACAGGGUGGCCACAGCACGUGUGGGCUUCAGAACUUAAACAAUAAUGAGGCCAAACUUAAUUUGCGUAAAACCCUGCAGCAAUUAAUUCCGUUUUCCAAUGAUUCCAUAUCCUGUGGGCAGUAUCCACGGAAAUCUGUUUCCACGAAGCGCAGAGCUCCCGAACGGUGACCAAACAUGUUGUCGGAUACAAACCGGAUCCGGAAAUCCAAACAGAACGAGAAUGAACGAGAGUGGUCGUCAAGACGACGUAUGGGAAGCAGGACGCACAAUUGUGCGAUGUGGUUCGAAGGCGUAUACGGGCUUAUAUUAUAUCUGAUUAUGAUAUAAAGCAAAAGGAAUGCAUAGGAACGUACAAAGGUUUACGAAAUGGUGAAGACAUUUCAGGCUUGAACACUGACUGCGGAAAGUGGAUGUGAGUUCUACAACUUUAGUAUAUUUAUUGGAAUUGAGUUUUUAUGAUUAUUUUUGGUAACUAUUUGUCAACAGAGAGUUUUAUUUAGAUGAUGUGACGUGUUAUAGUUUCAUCAAAGUAACAAUUUUAUUCAUCGUGUUAUCUUUUAUUUUUAAGAUUAUGUUUAAUUUUGUUUACCAUCUUUCAUCUGAGAUGGAUGCAUUAGAAAGAUCGACGGUGACCUCUGAUUUCCAUACAGAAUCUUGUCUGCACAUCUUUCUAAUGCAUUUCUUUCAUAAAUAGAUCUCUUUUUUAAACAUGUAUGAAUCUUUCAUGCCUUAUUCAUCCGAAGGACGUUGCGAUAGUGUAAAAUGUAAACAAAAAUAUGUAUAGAUACAGCAGAAAGGGCUAGCUACCUGAGUCAGUGGGGUCAGACCUGACACGACAUGAGUCUACCCUAUCGUCCUAGUCGAUACCGGGAUGGUUUGGGACCGUGUGAAAUGGGCGUGUAAGUGAGAAGGGAAUACUGAGGGGCUGAUUUACACCGGCAGCGCGAGUGUCUGUGUGUGUUUUUGUGUGUUUGUAAAAGAGUUUAUAAAAUGUAUAUUUUGGUCGAUAGUACGGAUUACAUGAGAGUCGGUGUAAAAGCGUCUACUUUUUGUGUGUAUGUUAAAUUUAACAUUGCAUUAUCAAUCAAAUAAUCAUUUGAAUGAAACUUCCUUUUUUAUUUUUUCAUUGAAAUCACAUGUAUUAAUAUAAUUUAUUUCCUUCAAAACCCUAUGCUAGAUGCAAACAUUAUCACGGAAUUCCAUAGAUGAAAAUGUCGGAAGAAAUGUGAGACCAUUUAGGUAUAUUCAGAGAUUGGCAUUUUUAUCAUUUUAGUUCGAAUACUCGGUGUGAAGGCAUUAUCAUUGUAAUAGUUUUAUUUAAUAUUAAGCUCUCAAAUCAAAACGAUUAGCAUACAUUUACUUAUUUUACUAAUUGUAUGUGAAGGAUGUUUAUAAUUGUUCCUUAUUUAAUGAAAUUGAUGAGUGAGUUUUAUAUUUACGUUAUACGGUGUGCCAAACUAUAGAAAGGGUUUGUUGGAUCAAUCCUCAGUUACUAUACGUUAAGCUCUACAGAGAUAAUGUUUGGGCAUGUCGGCAUCAUGUGCUGCCAGCCCAGAAAAUAAACACAAAUGAUUUUCACAAAAA